AUGGACAAGGAACUAGAGUUGCAACUGGAAAGUCAUGAGAGAAGCCAGUCAAAUAGUUGGAAUCGGGAAAGUUCAUCCUCCAUGGAUGCCGAGAUGCAAGGCUUUCUUGCCCAAGAAGGAAAAAUAAAGGAAAAGUAUACUGGAAAAUGUGUAAGACUAUUAAAAGACAAAUUAGUUGUAAAUGAACACUCUCCAACCCAAACCAAAGGAGAAGAUUCUAUCUGCAGAGACAACAGAAAAAACCACAAUUGUACUUUCACUCUUUCCUGUGAAAAUGGGUCCCUUACGUCUCAUAAAAGGAUCCACACAGGGGAAAAGCCAUAUAAGUGCAUGGAGUGUGGAAAGGUUUUUAUUCAGCAGUCUAAUCUGAAUUCCCAUAAAAGGACCCACACAGGGGAGAAACCAUAUAAAUGCAUGGACUGUGGAAAGACUUUUCGUCGGAACAAUAAUCUUACUUCCCAUCAUAAAAGAAUCCACACAGGGGAGAAACCAUAUAAGUGCCUGGAGUGUGGAAAGAGCUUUACUACUAGGAGUGAACUUACUACCCAUAAAAGGAUCCACACAGGGGAGAAACCAUAUAAGUGCCUGGAGUGUGGAAAGAGCUUUACUACUAGGAGUGAACUUACUACCCAUAAAAGGAUCCACACAGGGGAGAAACCAUAUAAGUGCCUGGAGUGUGGAAAGAGCUUUACUACUAGGAGUGAACUUACUACCCAUAAAAGGAUCCACACAGGGGAGAAACCAUAUAAGUGCCUGGAGUGUGGAAAGACUUUUACUCAAAAUGCUAAACUUACUUCCCAUCAUAAAAGAUUCCACACACAGGAGAAACCAUAUAAGUGCCCGGAAUGUGGAAAGAGCUUUACUACUAGGAGUGAACUUACUUCCCAUAAAAGGAUCCACACAGGGGAGAAACCAUAUAAGUGCCUGGAGUGUGGAAAGACUUUUACUCAAAAAGGUACACUUACUUCCCAUAAAAGAAUCCACACAGGCGAGAAGCCCUAUAAAUGCACUGAGUGUGGAAAGAGCUUUACUACUACGACUGAACUUAUUUCUCAUAAAAGGACCCAUACAGGGGAGAAGCCAUAUAAUUGCAUGGAGUGUGGAAAGAGCUUCUCUCAAAAUACAACCCUUAUGUGUCAUAAAAGGAUCCACACAGGGGAGAAGCCACAUAAAUGCAUGGAGUGUGGAAAGAGCUUCAGAAUGAGGAGUCACCUUAUUGACCAUAAAAGGAUUCACACAGGGGAGAAGCCAUAUAAGUGCAUGGAGUGUGGAAAGAGCUUCUCUCAAACUGCAUCCCUUAUGAAUCAUAACAAGAUCCACACAGGGGAGAAGCCAUAUAAAUGUAUGGAGUGUGGAAAGAGCUUCAGAAUGAGGAGUCACCUUAUUGACCAUAAAAGGAUCCACACAGGGGAGAAGCCAUAUAAGUGCACAGAGUGUGGAAAGAGCUUUACUACUAGCAGUCACCUUAUUUCUCAUAAAAGGACCCACACA